AUGGCGGCGGCCGAGACUGAUCGCGAAGCACCGUCCGUUUUGUGUAGUGAAUUCCUAAAUUUUUCCGCUAAAGACACCGCCGCGAAAUGGCUACAGGUGAGCGACUUGCCCAAAGAGGUCUACCAGCACCUGGCGCGUUAUGUGCCCAGGAUCUACUGCCUCGGGCCCAAUCUAAACCCACAGAGUGAGGACCUGCUGGCCCAGCUGCUCCUGCAAGCCCCACUGGAGUGGUACCUCUGUGGGGAAGACCCUUCCACGGGACUGUCUAAACUGGAGCAGAGUAACCAGCCCUCACAGCUCUGCGGUCACGUCUUCAAAGUGGGAGAGCCCACAUACACCUGCAGGGAGUGUGCAGUAGACCCGACCUGUGUGCUCUGCAUGCAGUGUUUCCUUGGCAGUGUGCACAAACAGCAUCGCUACAGGAUGACAACCUCGGGGGGAGGGGGUUUCUGUGACUGCGGAGAUGCGGAGGCUUGGAAGAAGGGCCCUUACUGUCAGAAACACGAACCCAGCAUCAGUGACCCCUCCCAAGAGGAUCCACUGGCUAAUCUCUCUGAAGACAUGAUCGCUCGCACAUACAAUGUAUUCUCCAUUGUUUUGAAAUAUGCUGUGGAUAUGCUUACCUCGGACAAAGAGGAUGAGCUCCCGCAAGGCCUGGAGCCUCCGGAACGCGGCGACACCUACUAUUGCAUGCUGUUUAACGAUGAGGUCCAUACCUAUGAGCAGGUCAUCUACACGCUACAGAAAGCCGUCAACUGCACACAGAAAGAGGCCGUCAGCUUUGCCACCACCGUGGACAGAGACGGAAGGAAGUCCGUACGCUACGGCGAUUUUCAGUUCUGCGAACAGGCCAAAUCUGUGAUAGUGAGGAACACCAGCCGUCAGUCCAAACCUCUGCGGGUUCAGGUCAUGCAUUCUUCAGUGGUGGCACAUCAGUGCUUCGCUCUCAAAGCCCUCAACUGGCUCGGCCAUAUCAUCCGUCACUCAGAUGCACUUAGAAGGAUCCUGUGCCAGGUGGGCUUACAGAGAGGGCCGGAAGGAGAGAACUCUCUUGUAGACACACUCAUGCUCUGUGACACCAAGAUGUGGAAAGGUGCAAGGAAUGUUUACCAUCAGCUCCUCAUGAGCAGUUUGCUCAUGGACCUGAAGUAUAAAAAACUCUUUGCUAUUCAGUUUGCCAAGAACUAUGAGCGCUUGCAGAGCGAUUACGUGAAAGACGACCACGACAGGGAGUUCUCCGUCACCGACCUUUCUGUGCAGAUAUUCACCGUGCCUUCCUUGGCGCGUAUGCUGAUCACAGAGGAGAAUCUGAUGACCGCAAUCAUCCGGACGUUUGUGGAUCACCUGAGGCAUCGGGACCUGCAGGGCCGGUUCCAGUUUGAGCGCUAUACUGCCCAGCAGGCCUUUAAGUUCCGCAGGGUCCAGAGUCUCAUAGGAGACCUCAAGUAUGUCCUUAUAAGUCGACCCACAGAGUGGACGGACAAACUCAGAGAGAAAUUUCUGGAAGGAUUUGAUGCUUUCCUGGAGCUGCUCAAGUGUAUGCAGGGUAUGGAUCCUGUGGUGCGUCAGGUGGGCCAGCACAUAGAAAUGGAGCCAGAGUGGGAGGCAGCCUUCACGUUGCAAAUGAAACUCACACACAUUAUCUCAAUGAUGCAGGAGUGGUGCGGCUCUGAUGAGCGAGUGCUGAUUGAAGCCUAUAAGAAGUGCCUGAUAGUACUGACUCACUGCCACAGUGGUUUCACUGAUGGAGAACAGCCCAUCACUCUGAGCAUGUGCGGCCAUUCGGUGGACACCAUCCGCUACUGUGUCUCCCAGGAGAAAGUCAGCAUCCAUCUGCCUGUGUCUAGACUGCUGGCAGGUCUGCAUGUUCUGCUUAGCAAGACUGAGGUGGCCUACAGGUUCCCCGAACAGCUGCCACUGAGUGAGCUGAGCCCCCCUAUGUUGAUCGAACACCCUCUUCGCUGCCUGGUGCUCUGUGCCCAAGUGCACGCUGGGAUGUGGAGAAGGAACGGCUUCUCAUUGGUCAAUCAGAUCUACUACUAUCACAAUGUGAAAUGCCGGGUGGAGAUGUUUGACAAAGACCUUGUCAUGCUUCAGGCCGGAGCCUCGAUGAUGGAUCCCAAUCACUUCCUGAUGAUCGUGCUGAGUCGAUUUGAGCUUUAUCACAUCUUCAGUUCGGCAGACUGCAGGAAGAGAUACAACCGAGAGAACGCCAACAAGGAUGUCGUCCAGCAGAACAACACACUUAUUGAAGAGAUGCUCCAUCUCAUCAUGAUGGUCGUGGGCGAGCGCUUUGUGGAGGGGAUAGGUCAGGUAUCGAGCUGUGACGAGAUUAAGAGGGAGAUUAUUCAUCAGCUGUGUAUCCGUCCAAUGGCCCACAGCGAGCUGGUCAAAACCCUGCCUGAAAACGAGAACAGAGAGACAGGAAUGGAGAGAGUCAUCGAAAGUGUGGCUUUGUUUAAGAAGCCUGGUGUGACUGGCAGAGGACUGUAUGAACUCAGGCCAGAAUGUGCCAAGCAAUUCAACCUCUAUUUUCACCAUUACUCCAGAGCAGACCAGUCUAAGGCAGAGGAAGCUCAAAGGAAACUGAAGAGACAGAACGGAGAGGACUCAGCUCUGCCACCGCCGCUUCUUCCGCCCCUGUGCCCGCUGUUCGCCAGCCUGGUGAACAUUCUGCAGUGUGACGUGCUCCUGGGGAUCCUGGGAGCUGUGCUGCAGUGGGCUGUGGAGCCCAGCGGGGGACACUGGUCCGAGUCUAUGCUGCAGAGGGUCCUUCAUCUGAUAGGAAUGGCCUUGAUGGAGGAGCAACAGCAGCUGGAAAACAGCAACGAGGAGAAUGAAGCCACUUUCAACUUCACGCUGAAAAUCUCCCGUCCCGGCGAGGCACCCAGUAGCGCUCCCAGUAUUCUGGCUUUGUUGGAGACAUUACAGAAUGCCCCUCAUCUGGAGGUGCAUAAAGACAUGAUUCGCUGGAUCCUCAAGACGGUGGCGAGCAUCACGACUAUGAGAGAGCGCACAGCCGCCGCACCCGCGGCCGAGAGCGGAGACCAGUGCCAGGAGGAGACGGUGCGGGACAAGGACAAAGCAGAGAGGAAAAGGAAAGCAGAGAUGGCCCGGCUGCGCAGAGAGAAGAUCAUGGCUCAGAUGUCCGAGAUGCAGAGACACUUCAUCAACGAGAACAAAGAACUGUUUCAGCAAAGCUUAGAGGAGCUGGAGGCGUCCACGUCAACGUCGCUGGAGCACAGUCCUAGCUCAUGGGACGCGGCUCCGGUGUGUGUGGGCCCUAGACGGUGCCGGGCGGGAGGAGAGGGGAGACAGGUGGUGACCUGUAUCUUGUGUCAGGAGAAACAGGAAAUUAGAGCUAACGGCAGAGCCAUGGUGCUGGCUGCUUUCAUCCAACGCUCCACCGUCAUGUCCAAAAACCGCAAAAGACCUCCGUACAACCCCGAGAGUUACGAUCCUCUGUUCAUGCACCCUGACUUGUCCUUUGGCACACACACGGGCAGCUGUGGUCACAUCAUGCAUUCCCACUGCUGGCAGAGGUACUUUGAGGCAGUGCAGGCUAAGGAGCAGCGCAGGCAGCAGAGGCUGCGCGUCCACACCAGCUAUGACGUGGAGAACGGAGAGUUCCUGUGUCCGCUCUGCGAGUGUCUCAGUAACACGGUCAUCCCGCUGCUUCCCCUCGGCAAGACCUCCUGCAGCAGUGAACAGCCUGGACUGGCCCAGUGGUUGAAAAGCACCGGUCAGCAGGUCAAGACCCUUCAUUCUGCUCACAGGAAACUCAAGCCCAGCAAUGCUGAAGAUGAAGAUGAGGCUGACUGCUCAGACGACUGCCCUCCUCCUGAAGGCUUCAGAUUGGACCACACUCCAACGAGCCCCUACUCAAACACCAUCAAGGAGAUGCUGACCACGUUCGGGACGGCCACGUAUAAGGUGGGCCUGAAGGUGCACCCCAACGAACAGGACCCCCGUGUGCCCGUCAUGUGCUGGGCCAGCUGUGCCUACACUAUCCAGUCUAUAGAGAGAUUACUGGCAGAUGAAGAGAGACCUCUGUUUGGAAGUUUGCCUUGCAGACAGGAUGAGUGUCUGAGUUCUCUGGCGCGGUUUGGCUCCGCGUGUUGGACAGUCUGCUCUCUCUCUGUCGUGCAGAAUCAUUUCAUCAGACUGUUAGCAGCAUUGGUUCCUGACCCACAGGUAGAGAACUCUCCCUGUAUCCUGGACAUAGACAUGUUUCACCUGUUGGUGAGUCUGGUGCUGUCUCACCCUACAGUACACUGUCAGGAUUUCUCCGGGAUGAGCAGCGAUGCAGCCCAGCUCCACCUCUUCCACCUGGUUACCAUGGCGCACGUAGUCCAGAUCCUUCUCAGCUCUGUGCCAGCAGAGACGAUGAUGGAGCAGGAGAGCGGCGGAGCAGAGGAAGAGGAAGAGGAAGGCGUCAGCCUGUUGUACAGCGCUCUCAGGAAACACGUGAACCGUGCCCUGCCCGAGGUGAGUUCAGGGUGGCAUCUCUGGCGCUGUGUGAAGACCGGCAUUCUGCCUUACCUGAGGAGCGCCGCGCUCUUCUUCCACCAUCUCAAUGGAGUUCCCGCACCGCCCGAGCUCACCGCUCUGGGUCCUGGUCAGUGGGAUGCAUUGUGUGGAUUCCUCGGUUUACCCUCUAACCUCCUGCAGCUUUACCAUAGCAACCAGGAGCUACUAGAGCCUUUACUGCAGGGGUGGUGCUCUCACCCAGGUGUGCGGGAGUGUCUCCAGGGAAACGGCACUCUGAUCAGUUUUCCCAGAGAGUCUAAUCAGUUGAUUGAGUUACCCGAGGACUACAGCGAUCUGAUCAACCAAACCUCCAGCUUCACGUGUCCGAAGUCAGGAGGCGACAAGUCGCGCGCUCCCACCCUGUGCCUGGUGUGUGGGACCAUGCUGUGCUCUCAGAGUUACUGCUGUCAGACUGAGCUGGAGGGAGAGGAUGUGGGAGCCUGCACAGCACACACCUUCGCCUGUGGGGCCGGCGUCGGCAUCUUCCUCAGGGUGAGAGAGAGUCAGGUUCUUUUCCUUGCCGGGAAAACAAAGGGCUGUUUCUAUGCUCCUCCGUACUUGGAUGAUUAUGGAGAAACUGACCAAGGCCUCAGACGAGGGAAUCCUCUGCAUCUCUGUCGGGAACGUUACAGAAAGAUCCAGAAGCUUUGGCGGCAGCACAGCAUCACCGAGGAGAUAGGCCACGCCCAGGAAGCUAACCAGACCCUGGUGAGCAUCGACUGGCAGCAUCUGUGA